AUGGAAGAACGUAGGAUCACCGGGAGAAACGGCGUGUUGUCUCAUCCAGAUCGACACAUCCUCGAGUUACUACUAUUCGCUGCUUUCGAGGCUAGAACACCUGCGGAGCGACUCGAGACGAUGGUCUCAUACUACGACUAUGGGCUGAUCUUUUGGGAGACUCCGGAGUUAUUUACAAGCCUCCGCUGCCUGGCUCCAAAGGCACAUGAGGCAGAAUUGGAGAAGAGUCACUGUGUCCCGGAACUAUCGAGUUCAGGGCACAAGGCCAACGAGGCAACAUCGAUGUCGUCUCUACCGAACGAGGUCCUCGACCAGAUCUUCCGCCUGGUCCUUUCAGGUACCAAACCUGUCCUCGACAGACGAUACGAAAAGCCUGUUGCUCGCUAUAAGCUCUGUCAUCUACAACAGAUUCCGCUCCUCUUAGUAUCGCAUCAGUUUUUCGAACUCGGCGUUCGACAUCUGCUCACGAAAGACUUCUUCGUGUUCGAAUCUCAGAAGGCCGACCGGCAGUACUAUGCCGACAGGGCCAAUAUGCAGCAGCAGCCUGGCGCACGCCCCGUUGCUCCGGAUGACCUCUGGCCACUCUUUUAUCCCAUUGACACGCAUUUUGCACAGAAAGACGGUGUCCUGCUACUGGACUCUUUGAUCAAGACGCCGUUCCACCUCAUCCCAGAUCUGCUCCCUUUGAUCACCAAGGUGUGCAUCGAGAUCGAGCUCCCGCCUAUAAGAAUGUUCUUCCGGCGGUCACGGGCCCAACCAGGGAACGGCAGCUUCGUGACUCAUCCGUUUCUACAAGCGGAUGCCUCGACAGCAGACGUUAUGGAAUGA